GGGACCAACUCUGCUCCGGGGUUUCUCGCCUCUCCCUCCGGCGUUGCAUGGCACAGAUCCGUCCUGAGCCUCUGACCUUUGACCCCCCUGACCCCUGCGGUCGGCUCUGGCUGUGUGAUGAUGAUGAUGAUGAAGAGGAGGAUGAGACAAGGUCACGGCUCAGCUGCGUGUGUUGCCGUGUGAAAGGAGGGCAAAGGUUGUCGCACCUGCAACACAUCGACACGGAGAGGGAGGAGUUUGAAUCUGUGGAGCUAAAAACCUGAAUAACAGAACUCCUGGAUAUCCUUGGAACUUUUCAAUCUUUUUAGUGGAAUUUUUUUAAUUUCAAACUGCAGGAUCGAGAGAUUAUUUCAAGUUAAAGAACAUUACACCGUUACUUUUAUUUUCCUGCCCAAACUUUCUUGCAGUUUAUUUUAGUCUCCUUCAUCUUGUUUUUUCUCCGUUGUUGGGAGUCUUCAUCGUAUUUUGAAUUUCAUCCUCCCCUCCUGCCGGGGGAAAUGGCUCUGUCUCCUUCGAUACGAGAACGAAAGACGGUAAGCUGACUCCUGGAGGGAGCGAGGCCGAGGGAAGACCAAGGAGAGAGAGAAGAGGCGAGAGCGGGGAAAAUGUCGUGGAAGAGGAACUACUUUGCGUCAGGUGGAGGCGGUGGAGGUGGAGGUGGAAACGGCGCUGGUGGCAGCAACGGUGGUGUUGGCAUGCAGGGGAUGUUGACGCCUCGCACCAUGACGUCCAUCGCUCCCAGUAAAGGGCUGAGCAACGAACCGGGACAGAACAGCUGCUUCCUGAACAGCGCCCUGCAGGUUCUGUGGCACCUCGAUAUCUUCAGACGUAGUUUCCGUCAGCUGACCACUCAUAAGUGUAUGGAGGACUCGUGCAUUUUCUGCGCUCUGAAGAGCAUCUUCGCCCAGUUUCAGUACAGCAGUGAGAGAGUUUUGCCGUCCGACGCUCUUCGCAGCGCGCUCGCCAAAACCUUCCAGGACGAGCAGAGGUUUCAGCUCGGCAUCAUGGACGACGCUGCAGAGUGCUUUGAAAACAUCCUGAUGAGGAUUCACUUCCACAUUGCAGAUGAGACCAAAGAAGACAUCUGCACAUCCAGACACUGCAUCCCCCACCAGAAGUUUGCCAUGACGCUCUACGAGCAGUGUGUGUGCAGUAGCUGUGGAGCGUCCUCAGACCCUCUGCCCUUCAUUCAGAUGGUCCACUACAUCUCCACCACCUCUCUGUGUAACCAGGCAGUUAAGAUGUUGGAGUCGAGGGAGAAAGCGACUCCUGGCAUGUUCGGGGAGCUGCUGCGAAACGCCAGCAUGGGAGACCUGCGCAGCUGUCCCAGUCAGUGUGGUCAGCAGCUCAGGAUGGCUCGCGUCCUCCUCAACAGUCCGGAGAUCAUCACCAUCGGUCUGGUUUGGGACUCUGAACAAUCAGACCUGGCUGAGGACGUCAUUCACACCCUGGGAACCUGCCUGCGUCUUGGGGAUUUGUUUUACAGGGUGACGGAGGAGAAGGCUCGUCAGGCCGAGCUCUACCUGGUCGGCAUGGUGUGUUACUACGGGAAACAUUACUCAACCUUCUUUUUCCAGACAAAGAUCCGACGAUGGAUGUACUUCGAUGAUGCACACGUCAAGGAGAUUGGUCCCAAGUGGAAGGACGUGGUUUCUCGCUGCAUCAAGGGCCACUACCAGCCUCUGCUGCUGCUGUACGCUGACCCGCGGGGGACGCCGGUGUCGGUCCAGGACCUGCCCUCACGCUUCGACCUCCACCACCUCAACAAGGCCUGUUACGACAGCGAGGACUCGGGCCGCGAGCAGUCAAUCUCCAGCGACACUCGCACCGAUUCUUCGACGGAGAGCUACUCGUACCGACAGCCCUCCCACUCGCACCAUGAGUCCCUGGCCAGUCACUACUCUUCAGACUCCCAGGGAACAGUCAUCUGCACAGAGCGCCAAGACGGACCCCUGCACACCUCGCACUGCAGCCUGGAUACCGUAGGCCACGCCACGGACAGUGAGCAGCACCAGUCUCUGAGGAAGGCAGGCGGGGCCGGGGAUAGGAGGCGGAGCUCUAGCCGCCACCGGCGAUCUAAACUCGACAACGAAGCCUCGUCGGCUGGUUACCACAGUGAGGGAGAGACGUUAAAGGAGCAGCAGGUUCCUCGUCACCUCCCCAAACCUUCCUCCUCCUUCUCAUCCUCAACCAGUCGCCUCAGAGAAUUCAGAGAGACCAUGAGCAACAUCAUCCACAGCCGACCCCUCUCCUCCUCGUCCUCCUCAUCUUUACCGGCUGCUGUCUUUGCCUCUGAAAUCGCCUCCUCCACCAUCAACCACCACUAUCCUGCCACCAUUUCCUCGACCUGCCCUUCGUCCAGUAAACCCCAGGACUGGGAGGCCGACAGCACCAGCAGCGAGUCCAAGUCCAGCUGCUCGGGCGGAGCAGGUCCAGGGAGAUACCGGCCAGCAUGGAGGCCCCGCCGGGAGGCACUCAACAUCGACAGCAUCUUCAACCGCGAGAGGCGAAGGCAGGCCGGGUACAGUCCUCUCGGAGCCUCCCUAUCUGACAACUGUGGGGCUCCGGCCUCAGAGGGAGCAGAUGCCUCCCUCACGGCCCAGGAGGACGCGAGAUCCGUCAAGCCAGGCUCCUCCUGGACUCUUCCCUCCACCUCCAGCAGCCACAGAGGAGGUGGAGACAGACCUGCAAGUGGACGUGGAAGGGGAAGUGAAGGACGUGCAGAGCUGCCCCCUCCUCCUCCCCCUCCUCCCAGACUGAUCCAGAGGAUGGAGAGCGGAUACGAGAGCAGCGAGAGGAACAGCAGCAGUCCAGUCAGCCUGGACCUGAACCUGGGCGACAGGGAUUGUGUGGUGAAGAAGCCUUCCGCCUCCUCCUCUUCCUCAGGACCGGCAUGGAAGAACAUCAGGUCAAAGAGCAGUGGAGCUUUGCUGCAGGAGAUCAGCUCUUCUGGCAGAGGGAGCCUCGCGCCCCCCGUUGGCCGCAGCGAGCUUGACGAGCUGCAGGAGGAGGUGCAGAGGAGAGCUAGGGAGGAGGAGCAGCACCGCCGGCAGGAGAAGGAGAGGGAGGCGGCGCUCGGCUUCAACCCCCGACCCAGCAAGUACUUGGACCUGGACCAGCUGCAGAUCCAGGGUAAAGGUGAUAACUUUGAGAGAUGUGUGUCGGAGGCGGAGCUUCUGCUGGACCAGUCGGUGCGUCUGGAGCAGGCGGGCGAGGUUGCUGCGGCGCUGUCGGCUGUCAACGAAGCCGUCUCCAAAUUGCAGCUGGUGGCAGCUGAGGGCGGAGCUAGUAGUCACAACCGGCUGCAGCGCUGCAUGAGGAGAGCCCGCAGCCUGCAGCAACGCAUGCAACUGCAGCAGCAGCAGGACUCAGAGGCAGUCAGACAGCAACCGCAGCAACAACAGGAGGAGGGGCAGCAGCUGCAGGAACAGCCCAGUGAAAAGCCUCUCUCGCUCCAAAUACUUUUGACAGAGAGACAGAGCGACCAGUCAGCUGCCAGUCAGGACCAACAGGCUCCGCCUCUCUCUCCCUGCCUUGUUAAGCCCCUCCCUCCCAAAACAAACUCAGUGUCUGACCCCGCCUCCAGCGCCGGGACCCGUACAGGUUCACCCAGAGAGAACAGCAUGAACGGAGGCCCCUGCUCUCUCUUUGGGAAACCCCUCACCAACACCAGGUCCCUCCCGGCCCUGUGCGUGGACACCUGGGAGCAGAGCCCCCUGGGAGACUUGGCUCCCCCUCCAUCGGAGGAGGCGGAGCAUCCUGCCCAGUGGACCAGAUCGCCCCCUGUCUCCAUCCCAUCACAGGCCCCGCCACCACCCAGGCCAUAUUCCCGAACCCCUUCACCUGUUGGCCCCAAUGACAGGGGUCAUCUGAUGAUGGAGGAGGCGCCUAAUUACACCCGACACCCACAGACCACGCCCCCUACUGCCAGUCCCAGGGUUGUCCCACUCCCAUCCUCCUGCCCAGUCAGGAACUGGUCCUGCUUAGACUUGGACCCACAUCAUGUUGGCGAUUCGGCCGUUGAACCCCCAAGCAGCUCCCCUCUUUACUCAAACCCAGACUCCCCUUCCACUGCCGUCCCUCGGCCGGCUGUGAGCUGGCCCGGUCCGCCCCCCACCCCGCCCCCCAGUCAGGACUACAGAGCAGCCCUGCCUGUGGAGCGCUGGGCAGAAAACGUCAACAGAUACUACGGCUCCCAGAAUCCGACAGGAGGAGGAGGGGGAGCGGCGGUGCCUUGUGAGGAGCUCUCGGAGCUGGAUUCUCUGUACCAGGCCAGUCUUCUGGCUCCCAGCAUGCAACGGGGAAACCGUGGAGUCAGUCCUCAACCAACCAACAACAAAACAGGUGUGAGGAGAAUGCUGUCAGGAUCUGGACGGUCCAAAACACCAACGGCUGAGGUCGAGAGAUAUGCCUACAGAACACCCGUUACAGCUCAUAAGUUGCCGUCAGGUGAAGACGAGAGCUACAGCGCAGCAAACCUUCGACGCAUUGCCCGCAGCCUGAGUGGAACCGUCAUCGGGGCGCGACCCCAAAACCUCAGCCCCUCCCACAGCUGUGAGCCCCCUGUUUCCAGGCCCCCCCUCAGACACUCUUCCUCUUCCUCCACCCUCCCCCGUCGCCCAAGCACCUCCUCCCUGCACAUCCCCCCCUCCUCCUCCUCCUCCUCCUCCUUCACUACAGACCACUCCUCCUACCACCACAACCUCCUCCAACACCAUCAACCCCGACACCACGGCCCCUCAGCUCCUGCACCUCCUCCACAGCACCCUCCCUUGCAGACAUCACGGCCCCUGAACUCGGGCCCUUCCUCCUGGGGACACUCAGGAGCUGGACCGAGCCUCCAGCAGCAGUUUCUGGCUGUGUCUGACAGGCAUCAGGCUCUCUCAGGUCAAGGCCUCCACAGCGUCGCGAUGAAUUACGGCACUUUGCCCCGGGCUCCUCGCCGAGGGCUUCCUCCUCCCUCCUCCUCCACCGCCUCCCUCCCCAGACCCAGAGCCGGCUCCGGUCCUGCCCCCCUUCUGCCAGCUCCACAGAGUCUCUACGCCACCCUUUCCCACCCCCGCCGCUCUGCCAACACCACCACUAACGGUCACUACCGGCAACCAUCGCUGCCCAUUAAUCUCAACGGAUCCACCAGUAACGCUCCACACCACCUCAGGGGGCCAGGGGAGGCCCCCGCCCAGCCGCUCCGCCUGGACGUGCCCCCUGAGACCGAUUGGCGUCGUGAAGCCGACUACAGGACUGUCAGCUCCUCCUGGGACCCCCGCGCCGCCCGCCACCACCAGCUCCUCCAGCGGACCGUCUCCCAUCAGCCUCCCCGGCCCCGCAGGGACCCCCAGCUCUGCUCUCUCUGCCAGCAACUUCCUGCUGAGCCGACACGCCCCUACUGUCAGUCCUGUGGCGCGUACGUGGCUCGGUUCCGCCAGGUCAGCUGAUCCGAUCUGAGGCUCACGUUCAGGCAGACGCCACAGUAGAAGAGUCCUGUUCCAAAUGUCUUGUAUCCAUCAAGAUGUUUUUUAUUUUUUUAUUUAAAAUGUGCCAAUGUUUCUUUUAAUCCAAUGCUGCCCUUUAUCCUGUCAUCACCUCGGUGGAUAUCUCACGUCGGAAUAAAACUCUGUGCUUGGUUCUCAUGUCUGCAGCAACAUCUGGGGAAACAAACAGAUCGUCUUGCAGAAAUUUGCCACUUUAGGAACUUUUCACAACAGUCUCCAGUCUGGUUCCUUCUCUCCUGCAUCUGUUUCCCCCUGAGAAGCAGCUACUUCACACCAGACCUCAGCUCUUAUCCUCCAUGCUUUGUUCCCGGCCCGUCUCGCCCGGUCCUACCUAGUCUGGACGCUCACCACGAGGCCACAAAAUAUAACAUGAAUCACACGGACGGAUCUCCUAAUUACAAUCUAUGAAUGUCUGCAGGACUUAAGCACAUAUUAGAUUUCUAAUCAAGACAAAGCACCGUGAGACGUACCAGGACCAUGAGAAGAAGGCUGGCAGAUUAUGAUGAUGAUGAUGGACAGAACUGAAAGAGAAGCAGUGUGAUCAUGAAGACAAUGCUGCUAACCUUCUGUCUGUUAAAACUGAUAAAGUUUGAUCAAAUAUGAGCAAAACCUCACAUCAAUAAUCAAGUUGGAGUUAUUACUUUUUAUUUGCUGGGUGUCAGAUUGAUAACAAACAUGAGCAGAAAGUUUAUUUAAGGGACCGAAAAUAUAACUAAAUUCCAAAAUAUUUUGAUAAUUGACCACCUUAAGUUAUUUUCCAAGUAAAAAUACCAAAACAACUCAUCAUUCCAUGUUCUCAAAUGUGAGUUUGCUGCUUUGUUCUGCAGUCCGAAACACAUUAAUUUAGUCAUUAACUUCUCUUAACACUUAGUGACAACACACUCUUUAAGUGAACAGCUGUGGAUCACAUUUCACUUGGUAUUUCAAAUGUGCCCAAACAUUUCUUUUGAAAGGUUAUAAGCAUGUUGCAGAUGUGGCAAUAUUAUUAUUUUAUUAUUUUUUAGAACUGAUUACAUUUCUUUGCAUUCAUCACAAUUUUUAUAAUACAGACAAAGUGUUGAAUGUUUGUUGAUUCCAGUUUAUGCAGAGCAGCAACUAACCAACACAUUAUUCAUUGUUGAUUUAAUUAUUUUCCCAAGGAAUCGGUUCAUUUGUUUAGUCUGUUCAAUUUAAAGAAACUGUCUGUCAGUUAAAUCACUGACACAGCGGACUGAUAAAACUAGCAAAUAUUCACAUCAUUGAAGCUGGAAUGAGAGGGUUUUUUGGACAUUUUUUUUGUUAUGAAAAUGACAGAAAAAGUAUGAAUCGAUUAACAAAUUUUUCUUUUCUGAUGUCGUGAAGUUGUAGAUAAUUAACUAAUCAUUUCAGCUUUAGUGACUCUCACACUCGGUGGGAGAAUAACAGUUUGAGAUAAUUCAGUUGAAGAUCGAUGUGUCUGUUUUUGUGAUAUUCUGAUCUUUCAUGCAGCUGAACAGAUGUCAGGUUUUAAAUGAAGGACAUUGAGGCACUACAGGAAGUUGAAAAGCUGCUUCUUCUCUGCCGUUUGUUGUCUCAGAAUAUAAAUCUACUCUACUUAUUACUCUAUUUAUUUUUGUAGGCUUGUCAGACUGAGUUGUUGCAUAGAUGAAACUAUUCUACCUGAAUAUACUCUACUACUAUAGUCUAAUUUUCUAAAGGUAGUUAGUCGCCUUGUUUGGGAUGUGGAGCCUUCUUAUACUGUACACGAGGCUGAUAGUGAUAAAUAACUAAAGCUUUUAUUUUGACAGCUAAUAUUUAGCAUGAUGUUUUAUUAUAGCCUUGAGAGACUUCGGUGUACAUUUAUUGUAACAAGAAUAUAUGCAGAUCUUUCUUAGCGCAGCAACUCGACUGCAUUUAACUCUAAUAACUAUUUAGUGCACUUCAGAAGUGUUAAAGAUAGAUUUAUUUUACGUGCUUGUUGCUGGUUUCUGUUGACUCUCUCCCGUUGUUAAGGGAGAUGCUCUGCGUUGCGUUCAUGGGCUUGUUUUUGUACUCAGAUGACGUUAGAUUGGUUUAAUAGAUUAAUGAAGGAACACCUUUAAACCAGUGUGCUGUUUUAAUAACUUCUACAGAGCUAAUAUGUCCUACUGCCAAGAACUCAGUGGCUGAUUUUUGAUGAAAAAUAGACAAAAACUGGAGUCAAACAUUUAUUCUAAAUCAUUUCACCUGCAAAAUAUCUGCAGAUUACUGAAGACAUUGGUAAUUGUUAUUUUAAAAAUCACAUAAAGAACUAUGAAGCUAAAUAUUAAUUGAUAAGUUAGUCCUGAUUUAGUGAUUUUACAUCGCUGCAGCCACAAUGUCGCUCCAAACUCUCAUCAGUUGUUUGACUGACUGAUGUCUAUUUUACAGAAUAAAAUUUGAAUUUUGAUUUUAGAGUUCAUACAAGUCCUGAGUUCAUAAUAAUAGUAAUGAAGUUAUUUUUUCACAUUGUCAAAGUUGAUGGGCUGUUUGUUUUUUGCUUUGCCAGAUUUUAUUUUGUUGAUUUAUCGUAUA